AUGGCGACCGAGACCGCCUCAGUCCCGCAUACCCAGCAGGUCUCUCCCGACCUGAAGCCCCAAGAGAUCUCAUUCCCGCUUCCCAAGGCCCUUCACACAACUGGCCAUGUUCAUCUCACUUUCUUGGGACAUUGUGCAACAGUAUUCCUGGCAACCUCGACGCCAGGGGACUCGGGCGGCUCAGUGAAACCGUUGGGCAGCUUUGUCUACGCCAUGCCUGAUCGCACAAACGCCAAAUCCACAAUCUCCACAACAAUCUACACCUCACCCUCAAGUAUCGAGUACACAACUCGCGUUGCCAAAAUCAUUGCACGACGCAUCGGUAUGCCCGUCUACGUGGGUUGUAGCAUUGACCCCCACGCACUGGAAUUGACUGUUGAGGAGGAGAUGGAGGGUCUUUCGCAGAUUGUGAACUUGGUGGUUGAAAAAUAUGAGGCGAAAAAAUAG